AUGCGGAAAAACGAAAAGCGGUGGCUCUGGAACACCACCCUGCGCCUCGAACUGCAAGAGUUCGCCUCUCUAAACCAGAUAACUCAGACCUGCUCAAAAACACUCUCUUACGCUCAUAGGGAAGUGCUAGCGAAGCAGCCUUACCACUAUGCAAGAUGGAUGAUUAUCCUUGAAAGAUGGUUACCUACAAUCUUCCCAACCUUUCCUUCAAUGAUUCCUUUCUGGAUAACAGUCCAAGGUAUUCCAGUCCAUCCGUGGUCAGAAGAAGCAGCUUGCAGUAUUGGAAACGAUAUAGGCACCUAUGAAACUGCUGAGAUAACUCCACUAAUCAUCAGAAUGAGAGUUCAUGUUAAUGAGAGGCUUCCCUUGAUCAAAACAACCAUUAUUGAGUAUCCUAAUGGAGAUGAGGUCACUGCUACUUUGCUCUAUGAAACGUUGGAAAGACAUUGUAGCAAAUGUAACAGGCUGGAUUGUGAGAUUAUAGAUUGCUUGGAAGCCAAGCAUGAGAAGAAAGCCUUGUUGGCUUUCAGGAAUCUAUGA